UCAAAAAAAUUCCAUUGAAAUAACUUGUGGGUCUCAAGAACAAGAUGGGUGUGUUUAUUAUUAUGUGUUCAUAUGUCUUUUUUCCCUUCUUUCUCUUACUCCUUCACGUGCAAUAUUCUGUAGAUUUGUUCAUCAAAACCCUUUAAAAACCCCAUUUUUCUCAUCAUUUUCCAUCUUUUUCAAAUGGGUUUCACUUAAAAUCACUGAUUUUGAUCCAAAAUCAAGAGAAAAAUGGCAUUAGAAGCUGUUGUUUUCUCUCAAGAUCUUUACUCCUUGUUUGCUGGAGGCCUCAGCUUUGAAUAUCCUCAAAUCCCUCUUGAUUUUCCCGAGAAACAAACAGAAAAUCCGCCAUUGGAGCUCGAAUCAAGAACACCAAACCCAGUUAAGCCAAGAAAACGACGACCCAAAUCCCGCAAGAACAAACAAGAAAUCGAGAAUCAAAGAAUGACCCACAUCGCUGUUGAACGAAAUCGAAGAAAACAGAUGAAUGAAUAUCUCUCUGUUCUUCGUUCUUUAAUGCCAGAUUCAUAUAUUCAAAGAGGAGAUCAAGCUUCAAUCGUUGGUGGAGCUAUAAAUUUCGUUAAGGAAUUAGAACAACAAGUGCAGUUUCUCUCAACAGAUUCAAGUUCUUGUUCUUCUUGUUCUUCUUCUUGUUCUUCAUCUUCACAAACUCAUAGCUCCUCCAUUGCUGAUAUUGAAGUAACAAUGGUGGAAAAUCAUGCAAAUUUGAAGAUCAGAUCAAAAAAACGACCAAAACAGGUCUUGAAAAUUGUAGCUGGAUUGCAAGCUCUGUUCCUCUCUGUUCUUCAUCUCAAUAUCUCAACGAUGAACCAAGUUGUUCAUUACUGUCUCAGUGUUAAGGUUAGCUUAUCGUACCAUUGUGAAGAAUCGUUAUUUCUAACGUGGUAUCAGAGUCAUGCUCUAAACUUAGUCAUGAUAAUAGAAUCCUCAGAAGUUAUGAGCCACGAAAGAUAGUCAAAAGUGAAGAUCGAAUAAAGGGUGUACUUUGUUCGAAAACUCUAGAGAAUGAGUCGAGCCUCGAUUAAAGGGAGGUUGUUCGAGGGCUCCAUAGGCCUAAGGGGAGGCUCUAUAAUGUACUUUGUUGGAGGGGAGGAAUGUUUGUUAAUUUAGGGAAUGAUUAUGGGUUUACAAGUAAGGUUCUCCAUCGAUAUGAAGCCUCUUGGGAAACCUAAAAAGAAAGCAAUGAGAGCUUAUGCUCAAAGUGGACAAUAUCAUACCAUUGUGGAGAUUCGUGAUUCUUCACAUGGUGUCAAAGUCAUGCCUUUAAUUUAGUCAUGUCAAUAGAAUCCUCAUAUGUCGAACAAAGAAGUCGUGAGUCUCGAAAGGGUGUAUUUUGUU